GACUGUUGUGUAACAGCCCACAGGGAAAGGCAGGGCGCUAUGUAACGCCCCUCAGCGUGUUUGUGGCCUUUAAAAAGAGACGCAUCAGGUUGGGCCAGUCUGCAGCCGCCUCUCCUCUCUGAAGCAGCAGACACCUCUCAGGAUCCGCUCAGCAGCUGUUUGACCCAGGAUGAAGAAGAAGCUGAUUCUGGAUGUGGACACAGGCGUGGACGAUGCUCAGGGCAUCAUGGUGGCCCUCGCCGAUCCCAGUGUGGAGGUGUUGGGCAUCACCUGCAGCCACGGCAACACGCCCUUGGAGAACGUCCUCAAGAACACGCUGCGGGUCCUGAAAGCCUGCAACAGGCUGGAUAUCCCAGUGUACAGAGGCUGUAAACUGCCCAUCCUGGCUGAUAAACUGAACGCAGGCGAUUACCAUGGGAAGGACGGGCUGGGCGAAGUUCCAGAUCCAGAUGCUCCAGGGCUGGAUCUGCUGCAGAAGAAGAAAGCUGCACAGGCCAUGAUCGACAUUGUGAAUGAGAAUCCAGGCGAGGUGACUCUGGUGGCCGUGGCUCCGCUCACUAACCUCGCCGUCGCAGUGCAGCUGGCGCCGAACUUCCCCUCCAAACUGAAGGCUCUGUACAUCAUGGGGGGAAACAUCGAAUCCAGGGGUAACACCACAUCCUGCGGGGAGUUUAACUUCGUGGCCGACCCUGAGGCUGCCCACAUCGUGUUGAACCGCUACACCUGCCCCACCUACAUAGCCAGCUGGGAGUUCACCUGCAGGAACAGCUUGCCUUGGGAUUUCUGUAAUAAGCUUCUGGCCCCAAAGACUGAGAAGGCGGCCUUCAUGAAAAGGAUUUCAAAACUUUCUAUGACGAAGGCACAGUCGCAGGAGUAUCAAAAGGAGACCACCGAAGGAAACGGGUUCAAUUCCUGCGACACCUACGCCGUAGCCGUGGCCAUCAAUGAUUCGCUCAUUACAAAAAGCGAACAGGUUGCAGUGACCGUGGAGCUGCAGGGCAAAUACACCAGAGGCAUGAUGGUGCUGGACUACAUGGAGCUGCUGAAGAAGACGCACAAGGUCGUCAUCAUACACAAGAUCGACCUGGAGAAGUUCAAGCAAAUGCUGAUCAAUUCUCUCAUGUAGACAGAUAUAAAAUGAUGUCUGACACUUCCACACAUCAGAAAACAAGGAUGUGAUUAUGUAACUUGCAUGAAACUGGACAGUGAAAUUAAACAAAUUAUACCUGGA